CGCGCAUAUGAGGAAUCCCCGUCCUCUUCCUCGUCGACCGGGUCGUCUUCACCCGUCCCUAGACCCCGGUCGAUUCCCAACUCUAAUGUCCCAAACCCGCUGCCAGUGAAUCAGAUGCCCGGUCAGGUUUUUCAGGAGAGGGAUGCACCGGUGGAAGACGAACAGGCCCCCUAUGACCCUGAAAACGAGUUACUCGAGGAAUGGGAGGAUCGGCUGGAAGCAGCCGGUUAUUCUCCUCUCCCCACCAGCUAUCCCUUAGAGAUCUUUCCCCGGGUCUCUAGGAUAGCUCAAAAUAAGGUCCGUAGGAACCUGCCGGAGGGGUAUGUCCUUGAAUACGACCCCAGCUGGCCGAACAUCAUCGAGCCUCACCGGGACGAUAGGAUAGGUUUUCACAUCAUUUCCCUAGAGAGCGGUAUUGUCUUCCCCCUACGUCCCCUUCUGAUCGAGUUGUGCCACUGUUUCAAAAUCCUUCCCGGGCAAAUUACACCCAAUGCUCACCGGUUCCUUAAUGCUUUCGUAAACAUUUGCGUUGAGCUCAAAAUCGAUCCUUCCCUUCGUUUGUUCCUUUAUCUGUUUGAAGUCCUUCCCGACAUGAAUUUCAGGGCCUACAACAUGCCGAAGACAACCGGUGGAUCUUCUGCUGCCGGUCCACGUACCUCAGAAACAAAACCGGUCCAGAAGGAAACUAUUGAGGUCCACUCUGAAGAGGAAACUCCUGAGACCGGGGGAGUUUCUCAGACCGGGAAGGAACCGGCGAACUCUCCCCCCAACAAAGGGAAGGGGAAAAAGAGAGUGAAGCAUACGGCCACCACCCAUCCAUCGGUCAAGAGGAGAAGGGGAGAAAACGCCCCGGCUGAAGAGUCGCUGGAGGAGCUCUGGGUCAAAUUGACCCUCAAGCUGAAAGAGAUGGGCGAAGUUAGGCCUGACGCCCUGGAGCAACUCACCAAAGAUUCCUCCUCCCGGUUGGCCCAGUUGGAAGAGAGAUUGAAAAGAUCCGAGGCCCACAACCGGGAGCUUAAGGAGCUGACGGCCCGGGCUAAGCAUUGGGUGGGGGAGAACCUGGAGGAGACGACCCGGGUGAUUACAUCUACUCUGGAGGUGACGAUGGAGGCCUUCAAGUUCCUCUACCGGAAGGAACAAGGGAAAGAGAUGAUCACACAAAUCGGCUCGUACGGUUUCAUGUUCGGGCAGAAAAGAGACCAGGAGGCUACACAUGCAGUCCUGACUGAACGUGACCCGACUUUUUCUGCUGAAGCCUAUGGUCUGGCCCCCAUCCCUGAAGAAGAGUCUGAACCCCCUUUCCCUUUGGAGUGAAAUCUUCCCGGCUGCGCCCGGUUAUCUUUUGUAAACUUGAAAACUAGAAAUUUCCCCGGGUAUGCCCGGUGUACUUGUAAACACUUGAUAUUUUAUUCUUGUUUGAAUGCCAUGUUUUAUUUUCGCACCGGUUAAUCUUCCAUAUCUGCUUGCUCCUUGAUCAAUACUUUGCUUCUUAAAAUGCCUUCACAAAAACUUUGACCGGUUAAGCUUCGAUUC